AUGCUAAGAACAGUAAAUUUGCAGAUUGCAAGAUCAAGCAAUUCACUAACGAGAACAUCGUUAAUUGGAGUGCGUACAUUAUUCAGAAGUCUAUCUUAUGGAAGGGCAGUUUCUGUACCUCGAAUUUCUCCAGUUCGGAGUUUUAAUCCUUCAAAAUUGAAAAUUAUACCUUCACAAAACCUUAAAUCAUUGAGGGGACCAUUAUUACUAUUUUCUAGAUCGUAUGUUCAAAUACGUACAGAUCCCAACAAAAAAACAUACUUAGAGCAAUAUGCCACCAAUCUAACUUCACUAGCUAAAGAAGGGAAGUUAGAUCCAAUUAUUGGUAGGGAUGAGGAGAUAUCUCGUGCAAUUCAGAUUUUGUCAAGAAGAACAAAGAACAACCCGGUGGUAAUUGGUAGAGCAGGUGUUGGUAAGACUUCGCUGGUUGAAGGCCUUGCACAAAGAAUUGUAAGAGAUGAAGUUCCCGAAUCAUUGCGUGGUAAGCAACUUUAUAAUUUAGAAUUGAGUUCUUUGAUUGCUGGUGCAAAAUAUAAAGGUGAAUUCGAAGAAAGACUUAAGGGAGUUCUAGACGAUAUUGAUGAAAGUGUAGUCAUUUUUAUUGAUGAGGUUCAUAUGUUAUUAGGUCUUGGUGGUUCGGGACAAGGAUCAAUGGAUGCUUCUAAUAUUUUAAAACCAAAAUUAGCCAAAGGUUUAAGAUGUAUCUCUGCCACUACAUUGGAUGAAUAUAAAAUUAUUGAAAAGGACCCCGCAUUAGCCAGAAGAUUCCAACCUAUUAUUUUGAGUGAACCAACUGUUGCUGAUACCAUUUCCAUAUUGAGAGGGCUAAAGGAAAGAUAUGAAGUACAUCAUGGGGUAAGAAUCACUGAUGCGGCAUUGGUUUCGGCUGCAGUGUUAUCAAAUAGAUAUAUUAAUGAUAGAUUCUUACCAGAUAAAGCUAUCGAUUUAGUGGAUGAAGCAUGUGCUGUAUUAAGAUUACAACAUGAAUCUAAACCUGAUGAAAUCCAAAUCCUAGAUCGUCAUAUCAUGAGAAUUCAAAUCGAAUUGGAAUCGUUAAAGAAGGAGACAGAUCCUGUCUCUAUUGAAAGAAGAGAAUCAUUACAGAAAGAAUUAGAUUUGGAUAAUGAAGAACUUUCGAGACUGACUAAGAUUUGGGAUGCAGAAAAGGAAGAGAUUGAUUCUAUUAAGAAUGCAAAGGCUAAUUUGGAGAAAGCUAAGAUUGAAUUAGAACAAACACAAAGAAAUGGUGAUUAUCGUAAAGCCUCAGAGUUAAGGUUUGCUUUGAUUCCAGAUUUAGAGAAAAAAAUUGAAUUAAGUAAUAAGAAGGACUCAAACGGUAACGUCGUCACAGAGACGAUGUUGCAUGAUUCUGUCUCAUCUGAUGAUAUUUCAAAAGUUGUCGCAAGAAUGACAGGUAUCCCAACCGAAACCGUAUUGAAGGGCGAUAAGGAUCGUUUAUUGUUCAUGGAGGAUUCAUUAAGAGAAAGAGUCGUGGGGCAAGAUCAAGCUAUUAAAGCAAUUGCAGAAGCUGUCAGACUUCAAAGAGCAGGUUUGACUAGUGAGAAGAGACCAAUUGCAAGUUUCAUGUUCCUAGGUCCAACAGGUACAGGUAAGACUGAAUUGACAAAAGCUUUGGCCCAAUUCCUUUUUGACAAUGAAUCUAAUAUUAUCAGGUUUGAUAUGUCUGAAUUUCAGGAGAAACAUACAGUUUCAAGAUUGAUUGGUGCGCCUCCAGGUUAUGUAUUAAGUGAAUCUGGUGGUCAAUUAACUGAGGCAGUUAGAAGAAACCCUUACUCUGUGGUUCUGUUUGAUGAAUUUGAAAAGGCACACCCUGAUGUCUCUAAACUAUUGUUACAAGUAUUGGAUGAUGGUAAAUUAACAGACUCAUUAGGUCACUCUGUUGAUUUCCGUAAUACCAUCAUUGUUAUGACUUCCAAUAUUGGUCAAGAUAUUUUGUUGUCUGAAAAGCCAACAAAACGUGAAGAAGAUUCUGGUAAUAUUAGCCCAAAGAUUCAGCAGAGCGUCAUAGAUGAGAUGAAGAGGCAUUAUCCCCCUGAAUUUAUUAAUCGUAUUGAUGAUAUCUUGGUCUUCAAUAGAUUAUCGAAGAAAGUCUUGAGAUCCAUUGUAGAUAUUAGAAUCAAGGAAGUUCAAGAGAGAUUAAACGAAAAGAGGAUGAAGUUGAAUUUGUCACUAGAAGCUAAGGAUUGGUUAACUGAUCAUGGUUAUGAUCAUUUCUAUGGUGCAAGACCAUUGAAUAGAUUGAUUCAUAAGGAAAUAUUAAAUUCAAUGGCUACAUAUUUGUUAAAGGGACAAUUGAGAACGGGUGAGACAGUCAAUGUGAUCGUCAAGGACAAUAAAUUGGUCGUCGAACCAAAUCAUGCCGAAGGUGAAGAAAUCGAACAAAAACUAGAGAAAUAA